GGGGAGCAGUAGAGGAAGAGGAGGGAGGAGGGACCUGUUUUUUCUCUCCUUGGGAAAAAUCAGACCUCAGCUCAGCUCCGAGCGCAUUUUGGGAGAGUGCUCAAGCAGGCUGACCCACUCCUCUUCUUCCUCCCGUGCACUAUCAGCGGAUUGCAGCGAUUAGGAGACGGGCGGUGGAUGGUGUCAGCCCAGCAUCAGCACCAUCCUCAUGCUCCUCCUCCUCCUCAUCAGUGUAUGAAAUGCGUCACUGCAUUCACACACAACAGCGAGGACUGUUCCCUGCACUGACUCUUACACCAGGUGAGCCCAUGCGCGUCCCGACGUCCCCACGCUGAGCCCCCAGCUCAAGCAGCACAAACGCUGAAGAGAGAGUGGCAAGUGGCUGUGGAAGGCUGGACCGGAUGACACCCUUCAGCUCCGAGGCGCCCGGCCCGUCGGCGCCGGUCCCCCGCUGCCUCGGCCUCUUCCGGGCGCCCGCCAACAACGGCACCUGCGCGGAGCAGCUGAGCGUCUUCCCGCCACUUUCAUCCACGCUGGCGCUGCUGGUGCUGGUGGCCGUGCUGGCGGGCAUCGUACUCGUCUCUGUGGCCACCUUCCACUUCCACAAGAGGAGGCUCCGGAACCGCAAGAUCCAGCGCGCUCAGGAGGAGUUCGAGCGCGACAGUCGCAGCCCCUUGCGUGCUGCCAGUGCGGUGCCCGUGCGGCCCUGCGUCAUCGCACGCCCGGUGCGCUGCGUGGCGGUGGAGCAGGCGGAGCUAGGGAGCGAGCGAGGCGUGCAAGAAGAGGACGGUGGCGGUGAACCGGGGGACGACGGCGCCUCUGUGGAUUGCUAAACUCAGGGAAUGAGACAAUGUGGAAUUAACCGGAAAAGCAAUAAGGCACAAAGAACUCCCAUUCAUCACUGCUGCUGCUGCUGCUGCUGCUGCUUAUAGAUGACCGAACGCAGAAUACUGAGCAUAUAGUAAGCCUGUAGGAUAGUCAACACACAUUAACAUACCGGUCCCCAACCAUCUUGGCACCACAAUUCCAAGGAACACAGUGAGGAGAAAUCCAUCAAACGCGCAAUUACCAAAAGUAUCAUUUUUUUGCCAUAACGCCAUCAUGCAAGGCUUUACUUUUCAAAUUUGUCCACUUUUUAUUAACUCAGUCCGCAAGUAAUGUUGCUUGGGUUUCUAUAUUGGCAAGUCCCGCCUCCCUGCUCUGUCAUUGGCUAUCUUACUUGCAAUUGUCGAUGUGUCACUGGAUAAAAUUGAUGCCAACACGCCUUGCAAAUAAAAGAUAAACCAGUCGUCUCGUCUUACAGCAUAGAAACUUUCUUAAUACGGUUAGAGCCCUGUAGACAUGAAAUAACAGUCAUAUUAGUCAUUGUUUACAUCACAGCCGGUAGCUUGUUUAUUUACAUUUAAAACUUACCACAUCCACACAGAAUGGGAGGAGAACGUUUUUCACUCUAUCAUGUCAGACAUGCCAUCUUAACUUCAUGCAGUUUUAAGGUAUUGUAAUGUAAGGUAAGAAUACCACAUAUCACUUGUUUUUCAAUAUGUUAUGACUAAUAAUAGAUAAUAGCCUACCAGGAAACAGCGAUAAUUUCUUAAUUAAUUUCUGAGAAAGUGUGAUAUUGCAACAUGCGGCUGUAGUUUGUUUUUAGUUUAUUUGUGAUUAGUUAAGGGGAUUUCUCUUGAAAUCAUUUAAGAAUCUAUAAAGCGACAGAAAAACAGAAGUAGAAGUACAAAAGUUCAAAAGAAAAGUAUCAUUUGUAUUCUGUUGCUUUGGGUAUUGUUGUCUUGUUAUAUAUGAUAUACUUUCGAAUUCAGCUAUUUUGAGGAGAAAUUUGAAAGGUGAAAGGAGCUCAAAAGCAGUGUCAGAGACAGUAAUACUGCAAUAAAACUAGUUCUUUUCCAGUGACACAAUAACUUAUUAUUAUUAUUGAAAUGGCAUUAUACUUUAAUGUAUGCACUUAGUUCCUGGUAUUUAUAUUACUCUUAAAUAUGUUGAAUAUACUACGACUCGUGAUGUAGACAGUGCUCGAAAAAGAAAUGAAUGUAAAUGAAAUAUGAUUUUUAAUACCUCCUAUCUCUGUGGUCGCUACCAAGUGAGGAAUGGGCCAUGACUUGGCUGCCACCUGCUGGUUGGGGACCCUUGCAUUAUCACACUUGUAGUAGAGCGCAUUGUAAUUUGCCUGCUUUGACUCUUGGACCUCCUACUCUUCCUCUUCUUCUUCUUCUUCUAACUUGGAACAUGUUUAAAUUUUAAAUCCUCUCCGGGAUGUAACACACGAUUGUGGUGAAUUAUUUACACUUGGUGACACAACACACACACACACACACACAUAAACACACACGUAAUGGCUUAGUUGAUCUUCCUUGGCAUGUCUUAUGACACACUAGCAGUAUGUAGUUAGACUCUUAAUGGAUGUCGUGGUGCUCCACUAGGCAGUGCAAAGCUGCACAUGUAGGCUGUAGACAUGGCUUAUUUAAUUUGACAUUUAUCUUCCUUCCCCCCCACCCCUUCCUCCAAUGAAGUGACUCCAGUGUCUCUUUUUUUAAAGACAUCUUUAGCUCUAGUUAGCUUUGACGGGAUGCAAGACUUUCUCGCUGUAGUUAUGCACAUCAAGAUCGCUCUUGUUUGCGUUUGUGCGUGGGAUAAUAGCUACAGUGGAAGUGCUAAUAUUUUCAAUAUAUUCAGUAGAAAUGUUAUAAAUGAGAAUGAGGUGGCUGUUUUAUUUCUUUGUAAGCUCUUUAUAUAUGGUAGUAACACAUAGUGGACCUAAAUGGUUGAUUCAAUACAUUCACUGUAAAUGUAUGAAAUGAGGAAUGUUUUCUGACUUCAUGUAAUCUGCCUUAUACAAGGAACAUACUGUAUGUAGUAUUUAUAAAUAAAUAUGUGGG